CGGGAAGACCUCUCUGGUAUGGUUCCAAUGGAAGGGAGAGAAGUAAAAGUGAGACUGCCAUGACCAUGAGGAGGAGCAGUAAAAAAACGCAGUAAAAGAAAAAACAUUGGUCCUUCUCGCAGACGCACGCAGUGGUACAGUUAUGGCGUUUUCUUGCUUUUCCUUUUUCUUUUUAAAAUUUUAUUUCUUUCUCAGAUUAGAUUAGAAGAUUUUUCUUGGAAUUCACUUCUCAAUCGCCGGAGGAGGGCGGAGAUAUUUACUUAACUUCGGCGUAUUUUUAUACUCGUCGGCGAGGGCAUCUUUUUUUGGAGUUUCGGCGGCGGCGGGUCAGCCGAAACGCCAACACGGAGUCUCAUUUCAGUCAAAAUUGGUCAGAUAUGAUUGGCGGCCUCGCUUUGUAAGCGGUGGAAAAGCUGGCGGCGGCUGUUCUUUAGAUCUGUGACGAUUUGAAGGCGAAGAGUUUGAAGGUGGAUGGUUUUCUGGUAGUCCAAUUGCUGGAGGAAAGCUAGGGUUUCGCUUUCUGUGCUUUUUUUUGGUCAAUUGGAAGGUGGUGGAAGGACCCGGCGGCCCUGAGCUCCUGUUAUCAGUUUCUGUGAUGAUGACCAGAGUUUUGAGAGUAAAAUGUGGACCUUGCUAGCUCCUCUUUUCAAUGCAAAGAUUGCAUCUUUAAUUUAAGGGUAAUCAAGAUUUGAUGUCAUACAGCCCAAAGAUGCAAGUAAAAGCUUCUAAUUCGGACGUGCUUAGGGUCAGUGUUUCUAGUGCCCCAAGCACCUCCAGCCACGGUUCGGCUCCAGAUGAUUAUUAUGAUGCUUUAAGCGAUGUGUACAUUUGGGGUGAGGUAAUAUGUGAUAACACUGUCAAAGUUGGACCUGAAAAGAAUUCUACCACUCUGAACACCAGAACCGAUGUUCUUCUACCAAGGCCUUUAGAGUCUCAUGUUGUACUUGACGUAAGUCACAUAGCCUGUGGGGUAAGGCAUGCUGCCCUUGUGACUAGACAUGGAGAAGUGUUCACAUGGGGUGAAGAAUCUGGUGGGCGGCUUGGUCACGGCGUCGGUAAAGAUGCCAUCCGGCCCCACCUUGUUGAAUCUUUAUCUUUUCAAGGCAUUGAAUUGGUUGCUUGUGGUGAAUUCCACACAUGUGCUGUUACCGCGGAUGGGGAACUCUACACAUGGGGAGAUGGCACACACAAUGCCGGCCUUCUUGGUCAUGGCUCUGAUGUUAGUCACUGGAUACCUAAGAGAAUUUUGGGUCCUCUUGAGGGGGUUAAAGUUUCAAUGGUAGCUUGUGGGCCAUGGCAUUCUGCCUUAAUCACGUCAACUGGACGGCUCUUCACCUUUGGUGAUGGAACAUUUGGUGUGUUAGGACACAGAGAUAGAGAAUCCGUUCUGUUCCCAAGAGAGGUAUCUUCUCUCUCUGGAUUACGAACAAUUUCUGUUGCAUGUGGUGUUUGGCAUACUGCUGCUGUUGUGGAGGUCAUUGUCAGUACUCAACCCAGUGCUAGCUUUUCAUCUGGAAAGUUGUUUACUUGGGGUGAUGGUGAUAAACACCGGCUUGGACACGGUGACAAAGAUCCCCGUUUGGAACCUACUUGCGUUCCUGCUCUUAUUGAUCACAAUUUUCACAAAAUUGCUUGUGGACAUUGUCUAACUGUUGGUUUAACCACUUCUGGCCGUGUUUUUACCAUGGGAAGUACAGUGUAUGGUCAACUUGGAAAUCCUAAGUCGGAUGGAAAGUUACCAUGCUUAGUUGAGGACAAACUAGGUGAUGAGGAAUGCAUUGUUGAUGAUAUUGCAUGUGGUUCAUACCAUGUCGCAGUUUUAACAUCAAGAAGCGAAGUUUUUACAUGGGGUAAAGGAGCCAAUGGAAGGUUAGGCCAUGGAGACAUAGAGGACCGAAAGACGCCAACUUUGGUUGAGGUUUUAAAGGAUAGGGUUGUGAAGUAUGUUGCUUGUGGUUCAAGUUACACCGCGGUUAUAUGUCUUCACAAGUGGAUCUCUGUAGCCGAACAAUCCCAAUGCUCUUCUUGUAGGCAGGCUUUUGGGUUUACAAGGAAGAGACACAACUGCUACAACUGUGGACUAUUGUUUUGUCACGCAUGCAGUUCAAGAAAAGCACUAAGGGCUGGUUUGGCCCCCAAUCCGAAAAAACCGUACCGGGUGUGCGAUUCAUGCUAUACCAAACUGAGUAUGGUGGUUAGUAUGAGGAGAAGCGUGGGACCACGCCUCUCGGGUGGUGAGAACAAAGACAAACUGGAUAAGGAUGAGCUACGUUUAGCCAAAUCAGGGAUGCCUUCAAAUCUUGAGCUGAUCAAGCAGUUGGAUUACAAGGCAGCCAAACAAGGAAAGAAAACCGAUAUGUUCUCCUUGGGUCCCACGUUUCCAAAACCGGCUUUGACAACAUUAACUGGCGGUUCUAGAAGUGUGUCGCCAUUCUCACGGAGAUCCAGCCCCCCACGUUCAGCAACACCAUUACCUACAGUUUCAGGACUUUCGUUCUCCAAAAACAUUGUUGAUAGUUUGAAGAGGAACAAUGAAGUACUUAAUCAAGAAAUUCACAAGUUGCGUGCACAGGUUGAGAAUCUCAGGCACCGAUGUGAAGUUCAAGAAAUGGAUCUUCAAAAAUCGGCUAAAAAAGCCCAGGAAGCAUUGCUUCUUGCUGCAGAGGAAUCUGCUAAAUGUAAAGCUGCAAAAGAAGUCAUAAUGUCUCUCACUGCCCAGCUCAAAGACAUGGCUGAGAGAAUGCCACCCGGGACCUACGAUGCCGAGACUUUCAAGCUAGCUUACCCACCUAAUGGACUCGAACCAAACGGUCUUCACCACAGUGGUGAUACAAACGUGGAUCCAAAUGGGGUUGUGACCUCCAACAAGUCGGAGGAUCGCUCCAGUCCUAGAUUUCUCAAAGGAAGUGGGGCCCCCACAUUCAGAGAGCACGAACCUCUCACUGGAAACCGGGAGCCCGUCCCAUCACAGGAGAACACUGCAGGCUCAAAAUCAAGAGUGGGGUCCAUUCCUCUUGGAAAUGAUAGCCAAAUUGAGGCCGAGUGGAUUGAACAAUAUGAGCCCGGUGUUUAUAUAACACUGGUAGCCCUUCGAGAUGGCACUAGAGAUCUCAAACGUGUGCGCUUCAGUCGAAGAAGAUUCGGAGAGCAGCAGGCAGAGAGUUGGUGGUCGGAGAACCGUGACAAUGUGUACGAGAGAUAUAACAUCAGGGGAUCAUCAUCGGCAGCCAUGUCUGACAAAGCGAGUUGCAGGUCAGAAGGACCUCUCUCCCCUUCUUCCCAAAGAUAGGUAGGAGCGACUACGUUGUUAUUUAUUACGUAUAGCCUUUCUUCUUCUUUUUUCGUGUACAUAAAUAUUCUGUUUAGACAAUUAGUGUUUGUUUUAUGCACUAAACCAACCAGUGUGUGACAUGGAGCAUUGUUAUAUCCUUAUAUUUGGUUCCCU